GCAGGGAGAGAGCGUCAGACUUACUGACUAAAAACCACCCUGUUCCUACUUCUGCUUCAAAACUUCCCUGUUUUGAAAUACCUACGUUUCUUUAUCAUGUUGUAUACCAUUAGAAAGACGCUUUCCUACAUACUUAUCAAGAAAUCAAUGACUGAUACGUAGUUAUAUAGUAAGUUGAAAAAUAAUUUACUGACAGGCUACCACUAACAUAAAUCCAAAAGCUGAAAUCAUAACAAUAUAAAAAGCCGCCCUCCAGAUUUAAAUGGUAACACGAUCAUGAAUAAUGAGGUACUUUUUGUACAAUAUGAUAAGAAUGGUAGUACCUAUAGGCCUACCUGUUUUUUAGAUAUUCGCAAUUUACAUAAUUACAAUAAAAAAUCAUGAAUGGCAAAAUCAAAACGUCCCGUCAAAGAUGUCAUAUUGACAUUUGACAGUUGACAUUGACAAUUGGAGAUGUACCGAACCGACUGGCUCGUCCACAGCUCCGUUUUUACCUAAUCUGAGUGUUUACUUAUUUAUAAUUACUUUUAGAAAAUGCGUUUGUUAACGUUUAGCUUUAUAAAGACUUGCAAAUAUAGGAAGUUAUGCGGUACCUUUCCUCGCAGCAUCAGCGGUUUAGUGCAGCCCGACGUAAUGCCAGUAACAGGUGACCCAAAUUUGGUAGACAUUACAUCAUGGAAGGAGGACGAGGAACCUGAGCUCCGCAGUGCUGUGCUGGCAGACAUGCAGGUGUACCCUGAUUUCAUCAGUGAGAAGGAGGAGAACGCUCUGCUGCAGGAACUGGAGCCCAUAUUGCGGCGCAUGAGAUAUGAGUUUGACCACUGGGAUAAUGCAAUCCAAGGUUUCCGUGAGACGGAGCGUCGGGACUGGUCGGCGGAGAGCUCGGCGGUGCUGUCGCGCGUGAAGGCGCUGGCCUUCAGCGCGGCGGGCGGCGCGCCGCUGGCCGUGCUGCCGCACGUGCACGUGCUGGACCUGGCCGCCGCCGGACACAUCAAGCCGCACGUCGACGCAGUGCGGUUCUGUGGCAACGUGAUAGCGGGUCUGUGCCUGGUCUCCAGUGCAGUGAUGGAGCUCGUCCACACUGAGAAGUCUCACCUCCAGCUACACGCACUACUGGCCCGACGUGCUCUCUACAUCAUGAAUUCAGUGGCAGUAUGUGGUACAGGGGCGCGGCGCGGUACUCGUUCACGCACGCGGUGCUGGGCGGCGCGCGCAGUGCGUGGCGCGGCCGGCCGCUGCCGCGCGCGCGCCGCGUCGCUCUCAUCUGUCGCAGCGCGCCGCACCGCGACACGGACGACUAGCUCAUAUCAUCCACUGACGAUUGCUUCUACAUGACUAUCUAUCUACCACUGAUGCAACCUUACUACAUUAUUUGUAAUACUUGUCAUUUCAAUAUCUUUAGUAUUAUCGCAGUUAUCACCUUGUAUACCUCUUUAUUUGUAUGUCCCGUACAGUUUACAAAUACAGGUGAUUUGUAAUCCGUCUUCGAUUCAAUGUUAUGUUAAUGAGAGUGAAAGAUAAUUUAUUUUGAUUUCCCUUAACUUACCGCAGUUAUAACAUGUUGUAUGACUGCAUUGACUAGAGUUCAUGGCUAGUCACGAUGACUUUACCAAUUAAAUUGUGAUAUUAUUAUAUUACUAGAUGUAGUAGUACUUAGUUGAAAUUAUUUUCCAUACUUAUUGAUUGAAAUAUACCUUGUUGUUGAUAAUAAAAUAUUAUUGUUGAA